UCCAAUGUUACCAACUCCCCGUUUUGUCUCGGUAUCUGUCAUUUACCACUUGCCGAAUCUGUUGUUCUUUAUCAGUAAUUUUCCAGAAAUACUUCGAGCAUCCGCUUCGUUCCGAGUGAUAGUGCGAGGAAGUCGCAGAAAUGACCAACAUCAGCCCAACAGAAGUGUCGAAGUUGUAAUCGUGCCUUCUGUGCUCAAUGCCUGGAAGUUCUUAAGGCGAUCUGAGGACGAUUUCGUGAUCAAAUCACAAUGUGGAGACACCUCCUAAAGUCUACCCGAAACUUGAGCAGUACCACUGGCAGUACUGUCGAUACCAGCGAACUGCGUCACUUUAAGCAGUUCGCCAACGAAUGGUGGAACGAAUGCGGCGACUUACGAGCCCUUCAUUCGCUCAACAAGUUACGAAUACCUUUAGUCCGUGAUGGAAUCCUCAGCGUUCUUCAAAAGAGCACGCAAGGUACAACCCCCUUGAAAGAUAUCUCGAUUCUGGACGUGGGUUGCGGGGGCGGAAUCCUAACCGAACCGUUGGCAAGAAUUGGAGGGCACGUCACCGGACUCGAUGCGAAUUGCGAUUUAAUCGAAAAAGCAAAAUUACGGACAAAAGAGAAAAACUUAAAAGUGGAUUAUUUGUGUUCGUCUAUUGAGAAGUAUGCUUGCGACAAUAAAGAAAAACACGAUGCGGUUGUGGCUUCAGAGAUACUGGAACAUGUUACGCAGAAGAAGGAGUUUUUGGAAGCUUGCGUUCAGUGUUUGAAACCCGGCGGGUCUGUCUUCAUCACGACGAUAAACAAGACGCCGGUUGCGAAUGUGCUUGGAAUUUUCGUGGCUGAGAAUUUGUUGGGGUUGUUACCGAAAGGUACGCACCAGUACGAGAAGUUCAUUAAACCUCACAACUUGGAAAAGAUUUUGGAAGAUUUGAAUUGCAAGACGGUGUUGGUACAGGGGAUGUUCUACAAUUUCGUAGGAAACGAGUGGCACUGGUGCUCCAACGAUUCCAUAAAUUACGCUCUGCAUGCUGUUAAACUGAAGAAUUGAUUUGUAUUGACGUGUUAAUAAAGUAGAUUUAGUUGUU